CAUGAGGCUGGUCUCGCGGCUGGGCAGAGCCCUGAGAGCCUGGAGGGGCCGGUGCAAGAAGCGAGCUCUGUCACCGAGGACCAAGCGCCGGCCAGAGGAUCCGAACAAGGCCCAGGAGUUCGCCCGCAGCCUCGGUGGCCUCACCCUGGGCCUGGCUCUGGCCAGCAUUUAUGGGGCUCUGGUGCUGCUGGUACAGGGCCACAAUGUCUGGUACUGCCUGAGCAUUACCAUCACCCUGGGAGCGGGGCUGGGGCUGGGCAUGGCCUUCUCCACCAAGACACGGAGGAUUGUGCUGCUGGCACUGCCACACUUCUUCACCAAGGAAGGGAAGAUGAUGAUCAUGAUGCUGGUGCUGUGCCUGACCAUGCAAGGCCCUGGCACCAAUCUCCUGCACAACAUCUCCCAGGUCGCCAAGGCGCUGUCAUGUGGGGCUGAACUGGCCCAAAACCAGACGGCCGAGCGGCUGCAACGCGCCAAGGAGCCGCUGCUGAACGUGCAGAAGAAGAUCAAGGAGCUUGGCCAGAACGCCAAGGUGGUGGGUGACCGAGUCCGUAAGUUUGUCCGCUCCAUCAUAGACUCCACCAGACACGUUGCCCGAGCCCUGCGCAAUGUCUGGCUGUGGCUGGCGAGGGCUGGUAACAUCUGUAACCGCGAGCUGGGGUCACCCCAGAGCAGCUGCUUUCGCUACAUGGACAAAGCCAAGGACAGAUGUGAGCGUGCCCUCCCCUUCUUCUUCCACAUCUGCUAUGUUGUCCACAGCUUCAAGGUCCUCUGCCACUGCACGGCACCUCUUGUCACCUCUGCAGCCCUCACGGAUGCCCUGAACCGUGUCCGUGCUGAGUUUGAGUUCAACAUCUCAGUCGUGCACCACUUCAGCGUCAACCUCAACGCCAGCAAGAGCCUGGGGGAGGUGUCUGCUGACAUGAUGGAGGCUGUGCAGCAGCACAUGGAGCCCUACUACCACGUCCUGGAGCUAUUCUCCUACAUCUCCAUCUUGGCCAUCCUCUACUUGUGCUACCAAGCGAUGCGGUACCAGCGCCGCUACCUGCGAGACGACACCUUUGACAACGUUUACAUCACGCGGCGCUUCGUGGAGCUGGACCUGCGGUGCGCAGAGGAGGGCAGACCCACCGUGCUGCCCCUGUCGGCGCGGGAGAGGGGCCGCUACAUCCCCCCAGGUGCGCUGUGGUUGUCAAAGAGGGAGCGCCGCCAGUACGGGCUGCAGCUGUUCGGGUUCCUGCGGCACGUGCUGCUGGGGUUCAGCAUCAUCCUGGCCGACUACAGCAUCUUCUGGCUGCUUGACCUGUUCCGGCACCAGCUGAGCGCGGAGAUCAUCGCCAGGGCACCAUCGACAAUGAACAUCAGUGUCAACGGGACGGGCUACACCAGUGAGAUCUUCCAGGAUCUGGUGUCUGCCUUCAACACGCUGCAGGAGGGCAAGGUCUCGGUGCUGUCCCAGGUCUGCCUCAUCGAGCCCGUGGAGCCCGAGCACAGCACCUACAUCACCAUAGGAAUCCUGUACGGUGUCUGGCUCUUCAUCUGCAUCUUCGGUUCCUACAUGGCGCGCCUGCGCCGGGCAGUGUGUGCCGCCUACUUCCCAUCCCGUGAGCAGGAGCGCGUGGCCUUCCUCCACAAUAUCAUCCGGGCACGGCGGGAAUGGCUGAUAUUUGCCCGGAGCCAAGUUGGCACCCAGAACUUGGCUGACACUGGGAAAAGCAGGUUCUUCCUCAUCCUCAUCUCCAGGUUCCCUCUCCUUGUCCGCCUCGCUCGUUGCUUGGGCAUCCAGCACAAACACUGCCUGGUCUGUGGGACUGCAGAGCAGCCGGGUCUCAGCGCCUGCAUCACGCCUGGCUGCAAAGGGUUGUAUUGCAGCGAGUGCUACAGAGCCCUGAACAACACCUGCUCUGUCUGCAUGGCCCCCCUGAGCUACCCGGACUCUGGGGAUGAGGAGUUGGACUCCAGUGAUGAGGAGACACCAGAGCUGUGGCUGGGUGCUGUGUGGGUGCUGCGGGGCCAGGAGCGAGGGCGGCAGCUGCUGCAGCGCAUCAAGGACAUGAUAAAGGGCCAGAGACUCCCCUCCAGAACGGCCACCCUGCUGCAGGACCAGCUGGAGGAGGAGGAGAACGAGGGGAUGCUCUCCAGGUGA